AUGAAUUCGGUCAUCAGUGCGACACAUUCAGACGAUGCGGCUCGUUUGAAGUCGCAAAUUGGACACUAUGCGGCGCCAAUUCCAUCUGAUGGUGGUUUAAAACCCGCUAUCUACAAUGGUAACCCCUCGCGAUCACAUUUGGGUGUGAACCACCCUGUAUUAGCAUCCUUUCUUUGUCCUGUUUCGCAGCUCACAGAAUUCAAGCGGGAUCCAGCUGAGGGCCAGAAAAAACUUGCCAGCGGAGGAAUCCUCAUGACUGCCAACGACUUCCCCGCAUUCCUCUGGUCUGGAAAUCCCCCUGGAUGUGACUAUGAUGACGAGGCUAUGACUGAAGGCCUAUUCCAGGGCUAUCUUAUCGAAUGCGUAAGUUUUUCUCAAGUAUGGCUAUCAGUCUCACCAAGAACCUGUCGAGGUAUUGCGUCAUAUAUUUACAGGCCCAUCAACUGCCUUAGGUCAAGAUUUGCGGGCUACACACACUUGCAAUGCCGCACUACAUGA